AUUUCACCCCACGUUACUUUAAAAAAGUCUAACUUAAAAGUUGAGGGGAAGAUUGAAGAAAGAAAGGGGAGGGGCCCCUCCAUUCUUGAUUACCUCAACUAUUCUAACGGUUAACCAUUCCAGCCGUUCCAUACCAUUCCGACUUAGUCCAUAUUACUUUUAUAGUGCCGAAUAGUCAUCUGCUCAUCUGCUCAUCUGCUCAUUUGUUCAUCUGCUCAUUUGCCCAUGUCAAUGUUGGCUCAUGACAUAAACCUUACCUGAGGUACCUAACUACUGUACCUUAUAUGUAUGUAGUAGGAAAAGGGAUCAAUCAUUCUUGAAUCAAAUCAAGUUCUUGAAACAAAUCCAGUCAAGUCAAGCCAAGCCGACAAACCGGCAACCGCAGAAGUCAGAGAACUUCAACCUCAGCUCCGCAGUACCAUUACCUGUUACCUACCAUGGAGCAACAGGCACCACAAGAAUUUAUACUUGAAGCUUUCGCUGACCCAGCUUCGGUACGCGAUGUCGUGCGAGGGAUCCUGCAUACCAUCUUCUUCCACCGGUUCUUCCCAUCCUUAACUCCACAUUCGCGCGAAGUUCUCGACAUUACCUUGCCCUUUGUCCAAGAUGCCGAACUUGACACCAUGAUCGAGAAGCGUGCCGCCGAGCUGGCGCGCGAGCUCGAUGCCGAACGAACACAUUCCCACCAACAGCACCAAACCUCGCGUGGCGGAGGUGGAAGGGGUCACAUCUCAGUUCAGUUCUUCGAGAAGAAGCGCCGUAAGACAUGGUACAUGCGGGCCGCGUAUGGAGGUGGCGACGAGGAAGUAUGCUGGGAAUGUUGGACCGUUAAAGUUACCGUCGCCGAGCCGCGCACGGAGAGUGAACGUGCUAAAGUCCGGAAGGCUAUGGAACACACCCUCCUGACGACUGCCAUGAAGAUCGUAACAUACGCCAACUCCCACAAGGAUCAUAUCCCACCGAUUACCACCAGCGGCGAGACGAACCCCUUCCCCUACCAGAUCAACGUGAAUCAAAAGGACGCUUCCGGCUGGGCGACGCGUAUGGGCAUGUAUUAGGGAUUAUUGCCAGCGCGGUCGCCGUUGGAGUCGGGCAGCGAUUCUGAGUGGCAACUCAUCAGUCCUUCUACCCUCAACUCGACCCUCAACUCGACCCGGAAUUCCACCUGGAAUUCCACCUUGAGUUCUACCUUGAACUCCACCUUCCAUUCAAGCUUAGGUUAGAGGAUAGACGAUAGAUGAUAGAAAUGCCACGUGCAGAGAUACUUGGGUCUGGGAGGAGAAGGAAGUCUCCCAUGCGUUAUUGGCUAUUAUUAUGGCUAGCUGGAGGAAGCAAACAUACAUACCUAGGGAAAGAGGGAAACAGUAAUAUCCAUGUUGGCCAUGGCGUUUUAUUCGUUUUUUAUCGGGCUGGGAAACGGGCGCCUCUUUUUAUUAUUAUCAUGGGAUCGCUACGUGUGAGUGAUAGACAUACAUGGUGGCUUCUUCACGGAUUACAAACAUAACCUAAUAUUUCGUCAUGGUGUAGCAGCGUUUACCAUUGUCAGUCAGACUGGACUCACAAUAGGUAUCUGGCACUGCACUUGCAAUGUAUGUACAAUACUAGGUACUAGGUACUACAUAAGGUCAGGUACAUGUAGUAGUAGGCUGGUUGGGUUUGCUAUGUAUGUAUAGGUAUUGUACGGCGAGAUAUAAUUGAAUGAUACCCCCCCGGUAA